AUGGUUGAUGUAGCCUCGGACCCUGGCGUACGCAAGUUUACGCUCUCGUGCUCUCGAUGUAGGGCCUCCAAGCUAAAAUGCGACCGCCAAGAACCCUGUAUGGAGUGCGUCAAGCGUAACCUCGGCCAUCUCUGCACCAAAGAUGAGCGCCAGCGAAGAGCCAAGCGGUCGAAAACCGAGCGCAAAGACAAGAAACACGAUCCGCCUUCGAAUGGAGAUGGUGAAGCAGAGGCAGAGGAGACAGCCCAGCUCUUGGAGCAUUUCGUCCAAGGCAUUCCUCGUCCAAAUGCUGACUUUGGACCAACGCCGUUGUCAGUCGCACCAGACAUUCCGAAUCGGUAUUGGUCGAGCAAUGACGGUGAGAAACUUGCCUUGAUCCGAGAAAUCGUCGACGCGAUGCCGGCGUUGGACACGAUUCAUCCUCUUUUUGAAGUCUUUGUCACUCGUUGCCAGGGCCCCUUGGGGAAUGUCUUCCACACUCCGACGUUCACCAAGCAAGCUGAACAGUUCGUCAAGUGCUUAGGUCUUGCUUCACCGGACUCGCGGGUCUUGGCGAUAUCUAGUACAGUCACUAUGGAAACUCUGGGCUGUUACCUCUUAGCGCUCGUACUCGGUCUCGCUUUUCAUCCUACACCUUCUCUUCUAGGGUGGACUCCUACGACUGAGACCCAACGCGUGGAGGAGCUACGAGCGUCCGCUAUGCACUCCAGGACAUGGAGGUCCUUGAGCUUGCGUUGUCUCCAGGGUGGAGUGUCUCUCUUUUGUGGCUCGAUCGCCGGCUUACAGGCCGCAAUUAUGCUUUUACUUGACGGCCAGGAGGGCUCUUUGGUGCUGGACACUGUUCUCGUCACUGCGAUUUCCGGGGCCCGCAAACUCGGUCUGCACCGGUUGGGUGACAUCAAGCUAGACACCUCUGCAUCACACUCGGCUCCAUUGGAAAACGGCACGUCAGCGUCGGUGGAGCCGCUACAUAUUCGGACAGAAGUAGGUAUUCGCAUUUGGUGGGCACUCGUACAGAGAGAUUGGUCACGCGGACAAGCGCUCGGCUACUAUACCGUUCAUUCAUCACAAUUCAACACUCGGAUGCCGUUGCACAUCAACGACGAGGAUCUCUGGAGGAUGAGUGGCAAUGGGGAGAUCGUUGAGCGGCCUCGAUCUGAGUUUACUAUGAUGUCGUAUACUCUCCACACCCUCGAACUCAGCGGCAUUGUACGCGAAUCCGUCGAUCUCUGGGAAUUACCGACUCGGCAGACCGAAUCUGCCAAGUUGCGCAAACAUCUCAACAACAAGUACGAAAAGUACGUGGCUGGUCUGCCGUCGUACUUUCGAUUGGGAAGCACUGUUGGACUCACCGCCACCGGCCCAAUGGCAGCAAUCUCUGUGCAGCGCUGGAUGCUGCACCAGCAACUGUGGAGCUUACUGCUUCGAUUACAUCGACCCAAUCUCUCCUCUCCGGUUGGCCGUGCUUUCUGUCAGCUUCUGGCCCAAAAUAUAAUCAGCACCCAGACCCAUAUCCAGGCGCGAUGUGCUGUUUGUGCCUCGCUGUCGACAAGCGAGACUCAGCUUUUCAACGCGGCCGUUGUGCUGCUCCUCGACCUGCUCUUCACACCCAAGCAAACGGAUGCGGAUAGUGCAAGUGCACACCUCAGCCGAUUGAUGACUCGCGACAAGAUCAGUGAAGCGAUUGAAUUGUUACGAACCCAAAGCAUCACGGAAGAGUCAUCACUCCACGAUCUGCACUUAGAGCAAGUCAAAGGGUCUGCUCAGCGUAGUGUCGUUGUUCUAGAAGCCUUGAUGAAGCUUGAAGAAGGCGACCCCGAUCAUGACGGCACCAAUAACUCCAGCAGGAAUAACCCCGGAGGACCACCAGCUUCUAAAGGCUCGCUUAGACUCAGGGUAACUGAUAUUCUCAGGGCCUUGGGCGGAAGAGCCGACCCUGGAGGCGCGCUCGUGCAACAGCAUCAGAUCCCCUUUGACCCCUUUUCGCCGUCUGACGUGUCGAUACCGUUUACCAAUGUCACUAAUGAAUUUCCUGAUUUGGACGUGCUGCCGAUUCUUUCCAAUGGUCUCAGCCCAAACUUUUGGCAAUUCUUGGACUUUCACCCGCCACCAUUUGAUUCUCACACCAAGGAUAGCUCGUUUGCGACACUGGGAGACCUGCCCGGUCCCCUUGGACUAACUACUUCGCAAUUUGCCGACUCCUAUAGUAGUACUCCUGGCACUCGUAUGAGCCACACGACUUCGUCUCUGCAGAGUGAACCUAUCGACUCUGCCACAACUCCCUCUAGCGCUGAUGCCUGCUUUGCCGCCUAA